AUGGAUGAACAAGGUUUACAUAAAGUACCUAACAUCCUAUCCCGAUACCCAUCGUUAGGCGAGUUGAAUGCGAUACAACUGUUGACCUACUGCUAUUGCCGACCGUACUGCCCACAGAGAAACUGCACGCUAGUCUAUAUUAGAUACAUUUUAGCGGUUCCUGACACCCCUGUUAAUCUAGGAUUGGGGUAUGGAGUGGAAGAAGAUCUCGCUUGGAUCAAUGUCUUGGAGAGAGACCAUCUGGGAUACGAAACGGUGAAUGGUACCAGAAGACUCAACCCAAUGACCAAGUCGUGGGUACAUCCUGCAUAUUAUAUGCAGCAGCAAAUCUGGUUGUACCACCUGGAAAAUUUGGAUAGUGUUCUUCAAGGUGCAAAACCAAGGGUCAAGGAAAUUGGGCCAUUUACGUUUGUUGAACAGCAGUGGAAGUCUUUCUACAAGUUCGAUCAAAACGACACUAGAGUCUUCUAUCGUACCAAUCAUGUAUUCACCUUCAAUUCUACGCUUUCGUGCCCGACAUGCUCUUUGAAGCAGAAAGUGAUUCUACCCAAUGUCAUCUUCCAGAAAUUGGUGGAUUUCUCUUCAACAAGUUUACCUGCAAAAAUCGCUAUAGAGGCUAUUCUGAGAGUGGUUGGCGAAGCACCUUUUGUUAACGUGACGGUGCGAGAAGCGCUUUUCGAUGGUUAUCAUGAUCCAUUGAUUGAUCUUGUUUGUAAACGUGAUAUCCUGGCUCAGCUGUGCGAAAUGUUGAAAAUUCCUCAGCGCAUUGGAUUUUUCUACAAGCAGAAUAACACGGAUGAUGGUCUAUACCAAGUUUCGACUGGUCUCAACGAACCUUGGAAUAUAGGGCAGGUCCAUUCCUUCAACAAUAUGUCUGCGUUCCCCGAAUCGGUCUGGGAUUCAGCAGAUGCACGUGAGAUUCGCGGCACUGAUGGUCAGCUUUUCCCUCCCCUACUCAAAGAGGGUGGACCAAUUGACAUUUUUGCUGGACCUAUUUGCAGGACAGUGACCAUGCGUUUCCGUAAGCGUUCUGAUUUCCGUAAUAUAGCCGCUUUCCGUUACGGUUUCCGUUCGGAUAUCUACGAUCCAAACGUGCCAGAAAAUCGUGGUUAUUGUAACAAAAACAACACCCCUGCUUUCUUCAACACCACUGUGCAAAUCCCUGGUUGUCUACCGAAGGGCCUUCUUGACAUCAGUCGAUGCCUGCCUGCUUCUCCCCGUAUUUACAUCUCUCAGCCUCACUUCCUACAUGUCCACCCGGCAGUAAUAUCCACCGUUGAUGGCGUACGCGCACCAGAUAAGAGAAAUGAUGAAACAUUUGUUGAUGUUGAACCGAUCACAGGUGUACCAAUUCGUGCGAAUAAACUCACUCAAGUCAACAUAGGAAUGACGAAAGGAAGCUUGAGCAUUCUGCCGUUAAUGAGGAACAUGAUCUAUCCCACGCUUUGGAUAAACGAAACAGCAGUCUUUGAUGAUGGAACGAAGCAGCAACUGGAUGGGCUCAUGUUUGCUAAACAUUUGACAAAUGUGAUAGGAGUGACGUUCCUCACGAUUGGUCUACUUGGCUUCUUUGCGAUUGUGGCUUCGGUUGUCAUCUACACAGUUCUCAAGCCUCGCACGGAAGACGAACAACCAAUAUUGCAAGAGGAUGCUGAAGAAGAAAUUUUCAAGUAG